AGGAAAUGGAUUCCUGGCGCUGAAUUCUCCGCGCAAUGCGAGCAUGGAUGAUCGUCUCCAGGAAUGCGCUGCAAGGAAAGGAUAUUCUAGGCUGUUCCGUGGCUCCUGGAAGGAGAAUCGCGCAGGUGCUGGAUUUUGCGAGGAGCUUGAGUUUCUCGAGGGAUUUGAGAGGAAGGCCCAAACAGGACAUUGUGAGGAACAGGAAGAGCGACGAGCAUGAUCGCUACUGGGGCACUGAGGAGAAUGAUUUGCGUUACGAUGCCAGUAGAGUCACCCCGAGCGACGACGAGGACAAUGUGGACCCGAAUUCUCUCGUCGCGAGGCUCGAAGAUGAUAAAGGAGGGCCUGUGCUACACAUUUUGCAUCAGUGGAUCGCGGAAGGCCGGGAGAGCCACGGGGAGAUCAUUGCUGCUAUGAAGCGUCUAAAAUGGCUUGGAAGAUUCAAGCAAGCUUACGAGAUCUCGGACUGGGUGAUCAAAGAGAGAAGUUUGGAGCUUCAAAAGUUCCAUUUCAUCAACCAUUUGGAGCUUACCGGACGGGUCGUCAACAUGAACGCUGCGAAGAACUUCCUUCUUACCAAAAUGCCGCGUGUCUAUGCCAAAUCUGAGGCUGCUCUCAUCACCAUGUUCGAGAACUACGUGAUUCACUCGCUCCUUUCAAAGGCAAGGCUGGUGCUCAAGCUGAUGAAGGAGAAGAACCUCCUCACCACCGCCACGGCGUUUAACAAGCUCUUUCAUCUCUAUGCCAACAAGAAGAAAGAGGACGGCAUUCCAGUGAUUCUCAGGGAGAUGAGAGACAUGCGCAUCUCUCCAAACGUCGAGACUUACAACAUCCUCAUUGGGAUAAAGGCCAAGAAGGGCGACACCGAAGGCAUGGAAAGACUCUUCAGCAAGAUGAAGUGCGAUGGAGAUGGAACUCCAAACGGCGAGAUACUUUGCACGCUCGCGUCGGGAUACGUGAACGCUGGUGAUCACGAGAAAGCUAUGGCAUACUUGAAAGAGGCAGUGGCCAGCGACGAGUUUCGAGAGAGCCGGAGAGUUCACGAUAAGGUGAUAGCACUCUACGCUGCGAUGGGAAGAGCCGAUAUGAUCGACAGGAUAUGGAGAUUCACGCGAAGGUUUCCAGUGGUCUCGGCAAACAGCUAUGUUGCUACUAUAGCAGCUUACGAGAAAGUGGGACGGAUCGACAGGGCCGAGAAGGUGUUUGCGGAGCUGACCGAGAAGAGAACUCUGUUGAGACCGGCGCACUACGUCCCAUUGUUUCGUGCGUACUGUGAAGGUGGUGAGAUGGGAAAGGCCGAAAAGCUGCUCGAGAGAAUCCGGCAUGGAAACGGGCAUAUCAACAAUCUCAGCUAUCACCAUUUGGUUGCGGGAUACAUGAAGUCUGGGAAUCCGAAGAUGGCAGCCGAGACACUCACCAGGAUGUUCGAGGAGCGCGUCCCGCCGUGCUUCGAUACCGUGAUGCUCAUCCUGAAAGAACACGCGAAAAACGCCGACGUGAACAGCGCGGAGCUUCUCUUCCAGGACAUGAGGAGGGAAUCAUACAACAAGAACGUAGCGGCUUACAACAGUUUGCUCGAGGCAUACGUGAACGCCGGCAAGCAUGCGUACCGGUUCUUGCAGCGCAUGGCAACAGACAAAGUGGCACCGAAUGCGAGAACGUUCGAGCUUCUCAACAAGAUGAGGCCGAUUCCCAAGCUAUGCGCGGACAAUCAGCUCAUUCCUUCCAAUCGACCAGCUUAGCAGAAAGUUCGUCGCGAUGGAU